GGGAGUGAAAUGCAAGUGGCAUCCGAAGUCGUUUGACUGGAAUUGGGGUUGAAUUGGACUCCAGAGGGCCGGCUUCUGGUCAAAAUUAAAUCGGGAGAAGGGAGAGAAGUUGCUCCCACGAGAUGAGUUCGCCAAAGACGAGUUUUUCUCUCCCUUGAAUGGAAAAAGUAGUCAUUCAUAUUCGUCACUUGUCUGCCGUGUGACCCUGGAAUUUCAAGCCCCCAAAUUGUGAGCCAAUGCAGACCAACACGGAAGGGCAUCAUGACUGUAAAAUUCCUCCAGUGGACCCUUCUGUCACUCUCACUGCUGUCUAUCAUUACGAUGUGGUACCUCAGCUUCUCUUCCUACUCUGUGAUCGAGAAUAUAAACUGGAUGUAUUUCUACGAAUAUGAGCCAGUCUACCGACGGGAAUUUGUCUUCACAUUCCGUGAGCAUUUGAACUGCUCCAUUCAAAACCCAUUUCUGGUCAUCUUGGUGACAUCACGGCCUUCAGAAGUAGGAGCAAGGCAGGCUGUUAGGGCUACUUGGGGUGAAAAAAAGUCAUGGUGGGGACAUGAGGUCCUAACAUUCUUUUUAGUAGGCCAGCAAGCUCAAAGAGAAGAUAACAUAUUGACAUUAUCAUUAGAAGAUGAAAGUAUCCUCUAUGGGGACAUAAUAGGCCAAGAUUUUCUGGAUACCUAUGAAAACCUGACCUUGAAAACAAUCCUGGCAUUCAGGUGGGUAACAGAGUUUUGCCCCAAUGCCAAGUACAUCAUGAAGACAGACUCUGAUGUCUUCAUCAACACUGGCAAUUUAGUGAAGUUUCUUUUGAAUACAAACUCUUCGGAGAACUUUUUCACGGGCUUUCCUCUCAUCAAUAAUUUUUCCUACAGAGGCUUUUACCAGAAAACUUAUAUUUCAUAUGAAGAGUAUCCCUUUAAGGUGUUUCCUCCUUACUGUAGUGGACUGGGUUAUGUGCUGUCGGCAGAUUUGGCACCAAGGAUUUAUGAGAUGAUGGGUCAUGUCAAGCCCAUCAAGUUUGAAGAUGCUUAUGUUGGAAUCUGCUUGACUAUAUUAAGAGUGAAUAUUCAUAUCCCAGAAGAUACAAAUCUUUUCUUUUUAUAUAAGAUCAGCUUCAAUAUCUGCAAGUUUAGGCACUUGAUUGCAGCCCACGGCUUUUCUGCAAAUGAAUUGAUCAAGUUUUGGCAGGAAUUAUACAGAGCCACCACAGUAACUUGCCCGUGAUUUUUCAUUCUCUUUUCACAUUGAUUAUUUUGUGGACCUUACCUGACUUGGAACACUGAACUGUAGAAAGUUCUGCGAAGGUCAGCGUACUGGCCGGGGUUUAGCUGUAACUCAAUCCAUAGCACUGCUGCCAUAUCGGGAAUUUUUGGGGUAUUCCAGAUGCAUUUAAGCCUUCCCAGAAUUUGCUUUUUUUUUAAUUGUAAUUUUACCUAAAACUUCUUAAGAGGAAAUAGAAAAUUGUGAACUAAUAAAUGGAACCCCGGAUUUUGGGCACAUGGAAAAUUUGAAUGUCAGCCAAUUCUUAAGUAGCUCAUAAUGAAUCUUUGCGCACGUGACCUUCAGCCAAAAUCUUAAUAUUCAGUCAAUGAAUCAAUCAAAAUCAAUGGUACUAAAUGUUUGUUAAAGCACAAUACAACAGAGUUGGUGGGCACUUUCCCUGCCCACAACAAGCUUGCAGUCUAGAGGGGGAGACACACCCUAAUAUAAAUAAUUUAUGGAUAUGUAUAGAAGUGCUAUGGGACACACUGAAAAGCCUCUUAUUUUUACCAUUAUCAAUCAGUGGUAUUUAUUGAGCACUUACUAUGUGCAGAACACUGUAGUAAGUGCUUGGGAGAGUACAAUACAACAAAAUUAGCAGACACGUACCCUGCCAGUAACAGAUAACUCCAGGAACACCACUCUCACCAAUUAUUUCCCUCAUCAGAGAAGGACUCCCCAAGCUACGGUGCUUAGUACAGGGAUUGGUAUACAGUAAGCACUCAACAAAUACCACAAUUAUUAUUAACGCCUGAGUUUAAUAGGUGUCACAGAUGAGGAUCUGUAAGCACUUAGUAAAGUGCUUUGCACAGUCAGGGCUCAAUAAAUGAUUGAAUGAAUUAAUGAAUGAUUAGCCAUAUAGUGAGCCUUGAAAGUAAAUAGGAAGAUAAAAACUUAAUGACAGUGUCCCCUUGAACCAGUGUCCCAAGUCAAGGCACAAAAAAAGAGCCCCCCUCCCA